GAAGAAAGUUGCUGAGUUUCAUCUUGUUGAGCAUAUUUACUCGAAUGCAGGAAUGGGAAUGAUAUAGUGAGGUCGUGAUCAUCAUAUUCGUCUACCUGUGGUUCUCCUCAUCAAUACCUGAUCAACGAGAAAAAUCAGGAGCCAAAUUCAGUUGGGUAUAUUUCCCCUGUAUUCCCAUCAUGUUCUUGCAACAAGACCUAGCAAACUGAAACUAACUAACGGUAGUCUUGCAACAUUACUAGUCAACAUUAUUCUUCGGUCGUUCUUGCUGAUAACAAGGACCCGCGUUUUAAUCGCAUAGCAAGUUUGUCUUUGUUUAUUAUACCAGAUGAAUAGUUAUAGUUUAUAGACCACGCUGAGGACGCUGGGCGGCAUGGGCACGGCUGGGUAUGAUAACAGACCUAACGUAAGUAACCUCAGCUAAGGAAUUGUAACCUAACCUAACCAUCUGAGACUCAGAAACGCUCACUUUCCCUUUUCCUAGUUUACAUCGAGAUCGAUAGCUGUUUUACACGGCAACACAUCAUAGUUGUAAGCAAAAAAAGAAUGCUGGGGCAUCGAGGUCGACCCUGCUAUGGACGCGCCGCCAAGCAUGGCAAGCCAAGUGGUAAACGGUCGUACGCGGUGCGUGGAGCGAUUGCCGCUUCCAGCACGGCUGUCGGAGCGUCUGGGGUUUCGUUCAGUGCUAAGGGCGAUUCUCCUUCUGCUCCUUGUGGUGCACUGUGCAUGCAGUCCUCCAUUGGCAGUUCUGUUUCUGAGCCUAGUUCUAAGGUGGAGGAAUUACAAAGAGAGAUCACGAGGCAAAUGGAAGAGAUUAAAGCAUUGAUCAAGCAGAACGACAAUACUGAAUUGCGCGAGAAUGUUGACGCCAUGCGGCGCGAAGUAAAAGAUCAUUUUCGUCAGGAGAGUCUGCGCUUAGAGGAGCGCAGCAGAGUACUUGAUGAGGAAAAGCAGAAGAUGGAAUCGCGGAUGAGAAAUCAAGACAAGCGCGUUGCCGCAUUGGAGCAAGAGCUAGAAGAACAGAAGCAGCGUGCUAAUUCUGAGAGAGAUGAGGCCGAGUGGCUGAAGAUGAAGAAAGAACUUGAAGUCGCUCGAUUGAAAGAGCAGAUUUCAUUGAAGAAGCCUGGCGAAGGAUUGAAGGAGCUGCUUUCAUCGCUAUCGUCUAAAGAUCGCAUUCGCAACAAGAUGAGGCCUGUGCUCCGUGAGCAAGGGCAGAAGAUUAAAGAUUUUUUGGAGAAAAAAGCUCAGAAGGAGAAUAGACCGAGGACUGGCGAAGAUAUGAGUCCACACAAAGAGGAUGAACGCUAAGCGAUUGGUAAAAAGUCCUUAACAAGGUUGACUGAAGCUGCUCUGAUUUUGUGGCUUUGAGUUCACGUUGUUACCUCAAGUAGAUCGUCCUGUUACUAGGAGUAGAUAGAUCGAUUGAGAGUCUUUUGCGUUGAUAGACCCUGAUCUAUAGUUUGAUUUAGCGCUUGAAUGAUAUUAAUAUUAUCUGUCUGUCAACAUGGGUGUAGUUUGUAGUAACUAAAUCUUCAAGAUAAAAAACAUUCAAAUGUGUGGUCGUGGUUUGCAAUAUCAUGCUAUCAUCUGCAAUUUUUGAAGACGUUAUCGUUAACAAGAUCGUUUUGAUAAUGUGAAUUCUUUCUUUCAUAGAAGAAAAAUUGCAGAAGAUGGUCCUGAUAAUGAUCAUGCGAAGGCUGUAUUAUAUAUAUUAAAAAAUGCCAUCGUCCGCGUACUACUAGUUUGCACAACAGAACAAGAUACGUAGUUGUAUUGAGAAGAUGGUGCGAGAUGAUAGUUGAGUAGUUCAUGAUUCGGUAGAAGUGCGACAACAUACGUAAAAAGUGUUCGUAGCAAGAACUUGAGCGUCUUUGUUGUUUGAACUGCGAACGUCGACCAAGAAAAAAUCCUCGUGCUGCGACAAGAAUCAAAUGAGAAUGAGAAGAUCUGCUGGUCGUUCAGAGAAGGCAAAGUAGACACUUGAAAUGAGUCGUGGGCUUUGUACAUGAGAAAGACGGUUUCUCUUUUCUGAAAGACUACGAAUAAAGGUGAUUGACUGCAUCAAGCUCAGAGACCUCAUAACCAUUGCCAGCCCCCACCUGCAGGCUUUGUUUUGAGAACUGACUGACUUCCGACCAAGAGGUCGUGUAACAAU